AUGCCCAUCCUUUCCGACAAGGCCGGGGCUCCCCCUCACUACAACUCCGACUCACUCGCCCAUCCCGGUGAAAGGUUUCCUGUUCCAUGGAUUGGCAACGAGCCCGACGCUAGCAAGCGCCGAGAGUACAUCAGGGCCUACUGCGACUGGAUGAGCCCCAACGAGAUGCACCGCUACGGCGAGCUGCGCAACUACGCUGACAGGGCGAUCACACUGGCUUUGAAGAAGGCUCAGUGGAAGGAGGUUCCAGGCAAAUUCUUUGCGUACAUGAGUGACAUGAUCACUUGGAAAUGCUUUUUUGAGCGAUCUCGUCCCAAUGAGCCUGAGUGGCCAUGGAAGAAAUGCCUUCGCCCUGACCCAUCUGAUGUGGUCAUGUCGCGUUGCUACGACAGACUUCGACGGGAGGACGACUCUGCCCUGGAGUCUCCCCAACCUGUUCCCGCGCCCGUCCCCGAGCUUGUUCUUGAGCCUGCUGCCCGACCUUUCCUUGGGGUGGCUGUACCCGAGCUACUUUCCCCUCGAAGCACUCUCUUGACCCGAAAAAAAGAGUUGGAAGAGCUCUAUAACGGGAUUGACGACAUCAGGAACACGUCAGGCCUGACCGUCCCGUUCAAAGCGGCCCAGGUCUUUGACAGAGUCCAAGGACAUCUCCUCAAAGAGAUGAACGAGUGUGGAGUAACCUACACCGAGAAGAGAUUCACGACACCUCCUCUGAACCCAGUCCCACUGGAUGAUUUCGAGCUUGAUCAACUCAAGCAUAACAAGGCACGGAAGAAGCACCAGGAGUCGACGCUCAAUCUCCUUUCCCCCCCGAAGGACCGACGCAGCACGCGAAAGGAGAACAGGGUGUAUCGUAACAGAUCGGUGAGCACUGGUGCGGAGAGCAGCCUCUUCGUUGCGGACGAUGAAAAUACAAACACAAGUCACAUGCAACCGCUCGGUCUCAAGCGCCUUCGUCCCGACACGCCCGCGCCAGAGCCCAAUGCCGCCCUAGGGCAAGAGUACCAUCCCAUGGCUAGCUUCAUGAAGACUCUUUACGCCCUUUCCAAGCACUUGCGUCUUAAUGUGGAUGGUGAGGUCGGAAUCAUGACGUUGAUCAGCCUCUUGAUGCCUGACCGCGUGGACGGAGCUCAGUCCAGACGGCUUCAUGACCUGGCUAACCGGGACACAGAGUGGAUCUGCUUCAAGGCGCUACUUGAGAAGGAUCUUACUGACUGUUCGACUGAGGAGCUUGAACGCACUGGGUGUGUCAAACAUGACGGGAACUGCCACAACUUCCUCAGACUCGUCUCGCUUGGGCAUCGGGGCCGAGAGAUGCACUUCAAGACUAUCCGCCACGAGUCCAACUAG